AUGGCGGGAAUACAACAAGACGACCCUUACCAUCACGCUCUAGUAGUCUAUGGGGAGAUUGAGGUUGGUCUAGAUGACAAUCCUGAAGAAAACCCUGAAGGAGGCCUUGCAAUGGGUCAAGAGGAGUCAGAUGAAGGAAAGAACGUUAAGGAGACACCUAGUAAACCCCACCCAUUGGAACCCCUAUCAGGCCCACACACGAUUCAGGAAAGUGAUACAGACUACAUACACUCUCUUGAGAAGGAAAUAGCCAAUCUCAAGCGUCAACUCUUUGUGGCUGAAGCUAGAGCCGUUCAAGCCGAGCAACGGGAAGAAGUAAUCACCCAGGAGGUGAACGAACUAGCUGAACUCUUGCAAAAGAUGUCAUUCCAUAGAAAUAACGGGCACACCCUUGAAACACCACUCUUGCAAAUGGACUUUACUACAUUCCAAGUUGCUGUCACCGCUGUCGUACCUGCUGCUAUGGCACAACUCAAUGCAAACAACACUAACAGAGGAGGAAAUAGCAUCGACAACACCAGUCGAACUAACGACCAUGGAAACCAACGAGUGAUCGCAUAUCAAGGCACUCCAAACCCCAAGACUACUUUCCGAACUCGUUCCAUGAACAUAGAAGAAGAAGAAGAAGAAGAAGAAGAAGAAGAACUAAUGUCUUCAGACCACUCAAAUGACUCUCCGACGACUACCCAAAAGAAAAAAUAUUGGAGAGCAGCCAAGUUUGCAGAUGAAAUCUGGAAGGAACAAGGGUUCGACACAACUUUCGACGAAACAUUGAUCAAUUCUUGGGUAAAUUCAAACUGCAGACUUCUAGAUGCUGAUUAUGUCCCUCGUCUCACAUACACAGUACCUCCAUCAGAGAGCUAUUAG